CAGUUCUUUUUCAGAGCUGAUCUAAUUGGUAUGGAGCCUCUUAGGCGUCAUUGUAGAGAGAGAAAAAACUGAGAUCAAUUAAAACAGAUUGACUGCAGUGCCGUCGAGGGCAUGACGGAUGCCCAACUCACACAAUACGUGCCCAGAUUUGGUGAUCUUAAGGCAGUACUGCAAAAGAGAAGUGGCCGCUCUCCAGGGAUCAAGUGUAUCCAAAGCUGCAGAGAGGGAUAUAGAACAUUUUAAACACUGAAAGAAAAGUAAUGAGAAAUCAGCAAAACUUUGGAAAUGCCAACGAUUAGAAAACAGAAUGUACUUUCCAAAUUGUAUGGCUGGAACAAGUUGGUGUCAACUCAUUCUACAAAGUCACAGAUAAAGAAAGGUGGUGAGACGACAAUAAAAGGCAGCAAAGACGGUUACAAUGGCAGAGCUGUUGGAGCAACAACAAAAAACUGUGCGGCAGAUGAAAGUCUCAAGGCAGCUGCCUCUAUCUCCACAGAGAAGAAUAACAGAACCAUGUACAACAGAAUCACCAACGUUUUCUCAUCUGACGACAAAAGCCUGGAAUUGGAGGAAAUCAGCACAAGGGACAUUACCAUCCGCUGCAAAGAAAGCCUGGAAUCGGAGGAAAUUGACACAGAGGACAAUCCCAUCGGCCUUCAAGCUUACCACUCCCUCCACUCACCUGGCCAGGAAGAUGACAGAACAAAAACAUUUGCAUCUGCUAUAAACAGACAGGAGGCUCUUGAUACCCCCUCACAACCAAUGGUUGAAAUAUCAGGUUUGAGUGACAAAAUACUGGGUGUAUCAAUAUCAAUGGACAAAGAAAUUCAAGUGGGAUAUGCUUUUUUUAGAUGAGUGCUUUGCUUGAUGAUGCGCUUCCAAUUGACGUUAUGUUAUUUUCAAAGCCGAGGCCUAUCCCCACCCCGCAAAGGAUACCCAGAAUCAGAAUUCGUAGAGGAAAUGUGUUCCAAGACCUGAAUGCUGCCAUUCAAGAUGGGAGUGUUUCUGAAGACACCAUUUUAGAGAGAAAUGAUUCUACCCAAUGGCACCACAGAGAAAGGUGAGGCCCAUGGUGGAGUGCUGAGGGACGCCUUAAGUGAAUACUGGGAAACAUUCAUGAGGAAGUGCACAAGUGGGACCAUGAAAAUUCCCAUGACAUGAAGGACUCAUGGGAAAUUGUUGCAAAAGUGAUGAUCCUUGGCUAUAACAUGGUAGGCUACUUCCCUUUAGCGUUGGCCAAGCCAUUUCUGCAACACUGUCUUGGAGAACAGAUCAAAUCUGAAGACUUCUUGGCAACAUUUUUGGAGUCUAUACCAAGUGAGGAAAAGGUAAUCGUCGAACAGUCAAUCCAAGAUUGCUCGUCAGUUGCUGGGAGCACAUGAUGUCAAGAUUCUGAUCAAUGAGAUGAACUGGCAGAAGAUGCUACUUGAAGUCACCCACAAAGAAAUCAUAUCCUGCCUACAUUGCUGAGUGCUGGAACAGCGUACUGAAAAGGUUGAAACUGCAUCUUGGGGGUUUUGACUAGGUUCUCGGGAGCCUCGUGCCAGAGUUGCUGCAGCUGUUAAACACGAUACCUUAAUCAAGAGGGAACAAACGAUCAUGGAUUUUUUAAAAGAAGUACAUCCAUAACUGCUCAACUAACUGCCUAAAGCAAUUUCUCAGAUUUUGCACAGGUAAUAUCAAUGUUGAACAAUGAUAAUUAAGUAGCCCACCACCUAGCGUGUGUUUUGUUUGAUAUUGCUUCUAUGGAGGUUAAAUGCAAAUGUAAUUUACUGUUUCUCUGUUAUGUCUUACUUUCUUAUACAAGUGCAGAUGUCCUUGUGUCUUUAUACAGGUGCAGAUGUCCUUGUGUCUUUAUACAGGUGCAGAUGUCCUUGUGUCUUUAUACAGGUGCAGAUGUCCUUGUGUCUUUAUACAGGUGCAGAUGUCCUUGUGUCUUUAAACAGGUGCAGAUGUCCUUGUGUCUUUAUACAGGUGCAGAUGUCCUUGUGUCUUUAUACAGGUGCAGAUGUCCUUGUGUCUUUAUACAGGUGCAGAUGUCCUUGUGUCUUUAUACAGGUGCAGAUGUCCUUGUGUCUUUAUACAGGUGCAGAUGUCCUUGUGUCUUUAUACAGGUGCGGAUGUCCUUGUGUCUUUAUACAGGUGCAGAUGUCCUUGUGUCUUUAUACAGGUGCAGAUGUCCUUGUGUCUUUAUACAGGUGCGGAUGUCCUUGUGUCUUUAUACAGGUGCAGAUGUCCUUGUGUCUUUAUACAGGUGCAGAUGUCCUUGUGUCUUUAUACAGGUGCAGAUGUCCUUGUGUCUUUAUACAGGUGCAGAUGUCCUUGUGUCUUUAUACAGGUGCAGAUGUCCUUGUGUCUUUAUACAGGUGCGGAUGUCCUUGUGUCUUUAUACAGGUGCGGAUGUCCUUGUGUCUUUAUACAGGUGCGGAUGUCCUUGUGUCUUUAUACAGGUGCGGAUGUCCUUGUGUCUUUAUACAGGUGCGGAUGUCCUUGUGUCUUUAUACAGGUGCGGAUGUCCUUGUGUCUUUAUACAGGUGCAGAUGUCCUUGUGUCUUUAUACAGGUGCCGAUGUCAUUGUGUCUUCACCCAUUCACAUCUACUUUGUUGAGCCCAAGAGUGACUUUGUGAGAAGCCCCAAUCACACACCUGCGGAUGUGUUUUGGAGAUCCCCCAACACCUACACAUCAUACCUUGAGAUGCCAGAGGAAUUCACCCAGGUCCUGGAUUCCAAGUGUGGGUGAUGGACAUCAUUUAAAUGCUACCUGACCCAAUUAUGUUGACAACACAUUCAACAACUACAUUCACAAUGUUAUGUUUUACCCUGUCUUACUUUCUUCAACUGGCGCACAUGUCCUUGUGUUGAAACUAAGAGUAACUUUGGAAGAAGCCCCCAAGACUGCUGAAGAACACACACAUGCUGUACACAAUGCCAUUGUCCCCAUCCUUGACUUUUCUUUAAAACACACUGACAUUGUUACAAUUUCUAAAUCACAAAACAAGCAUUUGUAUUUAUUAUGGAUCCCCAAGACAGCAGCUACUCUUCCUGGGGUCCGGCAAAAUUAAGGCAGAAUUUGUUAUAAGCAGUUUUUGGGAGUAUGUUUUUUCCUCCCUGCCCCUUCAUCCAACAAGUUGCUUGUCCAUCAAAAGUACACCUAAACAAUAUCAAAACUAUUUUCAAAUAAUAAUAAUAAUAAUAUUAAAUUGAGAAUACUCUGAUGGGUGACUUAUCGAUUGUGACUGAAAAGGCUGAAGAUCAGUGUGUAAUUUCGGUCUGGAGCAUCUUCUGUCUUAGUUUUCUUAACAAAAAUGUAACUUUUUUUUUUCAAAUCAUAAUUUCAAAUUGCAUACAGCCCAGAUGUUUAGAUUUUUAUAGACCAUCUGAAAGACGAGCUGCAUCUAUGUUUGCCAAACAACUACCAAUAAUUAGCGUAAGGACUCGGUUUUCACUUAUAUUUUUUACAGACGUGUUUCCACAGUGCGCACUCGUCCCAUCCUACUUUGUAAAAACUCCAU